AUCCACUUCCCGCUCCACCCAAAUGCCGCUCCUCCCACCCCCGCCCACCUCCACCGCCACGCUCCCCCGCCUCCACCUCCGCCUCCCGCUCCUCCGCCGCGCCGCCCCCCGCCCUCCACGCCACCUACUGCCGCCACCCGCCGCAGGCGCCCUCCCUCCACCCGCCCCCGACGCGCUCCUCCCGACCCAGGCCACGGGCCUCGUGGCCGCCUCGCAGGCCAACUUCAUGCGCGUCAUCGUCGCCUCCACGGCCCCGGGCCUGGAGCAGCACCGGGGCGCCGACCUGCUCUGCGUCGUGCGCGCGCUGCUCAAGAAGAUCCGCCGCCGCGUGCUCGUCGGGGACCGGGUGCUCGUGGGCGCCGUCGACUGGGCCGGCCGCCGCGGCGUCAUCGAGGACGUCUUCCAGCGCCGCACCGAGGUCGCCGACCCGCCCGUCGCCAACGUCGACCGCAUCGUCCUCCUCUUCUCGCUCGACCAGCCGCAGCCCGAGCCCGCCACGCUCACCAGGUUCCUCGUCGACGCCGAGUCCGCGGGCAUUCCCUUCCUGCUCGUCUUCAACAAGGUCGAGCUCGUCGACCAACAGACCAUUUCGUACUGGAGAGACAGGUUGAAGAGCUGGGGUUAUGAUCCACUCUUCAUAAGUGUUAAUCAGAGUUCUGGAUUAGGUGCUCUUGAAGAGAUGUUGGAAGGACAGACAACUGUAGUUGUUGGUCCAAGCGGUGUAGGAAAGUCCAGUCUGAUUAAUGCCUUGAGAUGCAACCAAAAUAUUUCAGAAGAAGAUCCAAUACAUCAACUUGUUGAGCAGAAUAGUAAAUGGUUUGGUGAACAACGUGUUGGAACUGUGUCCAAGAAAAGUGGCAAAGGAAAGCACACCACACGUCAUGUUUCAUUGCUUCCGAUAGUUGAUGGAGGUUUUCUUGCUGAUACUCCUGGAUUUAAUCAGCCUAGUCUGAUGAAACUGACCAAACAGGGUCUUGCAGAAACUUUUCCUGAGAUAAGAAGGAUGCUCGAAGAAAAUGAGCCCUCACAGUGCUUAUUUAAUGACUGUGCUCACAUUGGUGAACGUGGCUGUGUUGUCAAAGGUGAUUGGGAAAGAUACCCAUACUAUCUGCAGUUGCUUGAUGAGAUCAAAAUCAGAGAAUCCUUCCAGUUACGAACAUUUGGAACUAAAAGGGAAGGUGAUGUCAGAUACAAAACAGGUACCUUGGGUGUGAAGCAAGCUGAGCCUCGCCUUCAACUGAAAAAGCACAGGAGGGUGUCCAGGAAGAGGAUGAACCAAUCGAUUCUGGAUGAUAUUGAUGCUGAAAUGGAUGACCCUGAUGAUGACUAUGAGUUCGGUGUGAGCCGACGCGCUGGCAAACGGUGAAGCCGGUUCCUGAUCUAACAAACUCUAAACAGUGUCAAGAAGCAAACUACGGAUGAUGUACAUAGCUGGCUUUCUAUCGCGGCGUCCUUAACUGUACUGAAGUACUUCCUCCUAUCCAUAAUAAGUGUCGAAGAUUUCAUACCAAGUCAGUAUAACUUUUGUACUAAGUUCCCGACACUUAUUAUGGAUCGGAGGGAGUAGCAAAGUUUUGCAAAUAGAAAUUUGUAGAGGAGGGGAUUAUAGAAAUGUGCUCCAGAUGGUGAUGAUCA